AUUGAUUAAUUUGAUCGAUCAUCGGAAUCAAUUCAAUCAUAUAAAGCUCGACGUCGCCGCCAUGGCGGACACCGAGAAAGAAUGCGACAACGACAAUAACAAUAACCUUGACGAAGAACAACAACAAGAAGAACACAACAGCCAAACAACAACCGAUGAUGAUUGCAACAACAUCAACAAUCGAGAAGAAUACAACACAUUGCCCCCCGAUCUCCUCAAAAUAUCCCAAGACAUCGACCAAUACAUCUUCAAUCUCUGGGGCUCUCGGGACGUCGUGGACUCGAAGCCCCCCGACGUCCCAAUCUGCGUCGAGCAGUUCGCCGUUCUCCUCGAGGAGACCAUCGACGACUCCGACCGCCGGUCCGGGAAAUGGAGCCUGAUGAAGGACGACGAGGCCGCCGCGUCGUCCUUCCUCCAGUCCGCGGAGCGCCUCUCCAAGCUCUCCAAAUCGCUCUCCCAUUUCUCCUCCGAGUACAAGUACGCUUUCUCCAUCAGCCGCGUUGGAGGCGUCCUCCAGCGCGCCAUGGCCCAUCUCGAGGAGGAAUUCAAAUCCUGCCUUGAGGAUUACAAAGCCCUCCAGGUUUGUCGCGAGGGCGACGAACCUGAGACCGGGACGAAAGGAGAGGUUGUUUCGGAGAACAACGAGGAGAGCGUCUUGUUGAAUCUGAAGAAAUUGGCUAAGGCGAUGAAGUUCGGGGCAUACGAGGCCGAGUGCUGGCACGCGUACUUUGCCUCGCGCCAGGCUGCGGUGGAGGAGAGCCUCCACCGGCUAGGGUUCGAGAGGCGGAGCGCGGAGGAGGUGCAGAAGAUGGGAUGGGAUUGUCUAGAGAGGGAGAUCGUGGCGUGGUUAAGGACGUUCAAGUACUGCUCCGCGGAGCUCCUCACGGCCGAGAAGAAGCUCUCCGCCGCCAUUUUCGAGGACUACCCAUCCAUGUCGGAUAGCAUCGUAAACGAUCUGUCCCGCUUCACGCUCGCACAUCUCCUCGAUUUCUCCAACGCCGUCGCCGCCGUCACAAAGAGCACGCCAGACAAGCUCUACAAAUUCCUAGACAUGUACGAGGCACUCCGGGACCUCCUCCCGACAAUGGCGGCUCUGCUUCGGCCCGAGUUCAUGGAGCACCUCAAGGCCGAAGCCAUGCUGACCCGUUGCCGCCUCGGGGAGAUGGCAAUCGGGAUCAUUCAGGAGCUCGAAAGCACAAUAAACUCCGACCCCACGAAGAAUCCCGUCCCCGGGGGAGGGGUUCACCCGGUAACACGCACCAUUGUCAGCGCCGUCGAGCGCGCGUGCUGCUACAAGGAUACGCUGGAGCAGGUGUUCCUGGAGCACCAGCGCAUCGUCCAGCGUGCAGCGGCGACGCCCCCGGAGGAGACAGGGGCAGAACCCCUGUCCCCCUUCGGGCAACAGAUCGCGAGGGUGAUGGAGCUCCUGAACGCGAACCUGGAGGCGAAGUCGAAGCACUACAAGGACCCGUCGUUGAGCUUGAUCUUCAUGAUGAACAACGGGCGGUACGUGAUGCAGAAGGUCCGGGGAUCGGAGGGGAUGAACGCGGUUCUAACGAGCGGGUGGGUGCGGAAGAACUCGGCGGAGUUGCGGCAGUACCACAAGAACUACCAGAGGGAGACGUGGGGGAGGCUGCUGCAGUGCCUGGCGACGGAGGGGCUGACGACGGGGAGCAACGGGAAGGUGAACAAGCCGGUGUUGAAGGAGCGGUUCAAGAGCUUCAACUCGGUGUUCGACGACAUAGUCAAGGCGCAGAGCAGCUGGGUGAUGAGCGACGAGCAGCUGCAGUCGGAGCUCCGGGUCUCCAUCUGCAACAUGGUUGUCCCGGCGUACAGGUCGUUCCUGGCGAGGUUUAGCCAGACCUUCACGCCGGGGAGGCAGACGGAGAAGUAUGUCAAGUAUCAGGGCGAAGACCUGGAGAAGUUUAUUGAUGAGCUUUUCGAUGGGAGUGCUGCUGCAGCAGGGAAGAAGAAAUAAUACAGUAGCUUAUUAGUUACGUCGUUGUUAUACUUGUAUGUACCACUUUUAUGAAUUUGUUCAUUUUCUAGAAAUACUUAUUAGAAAUACUCAACAUUUAUUAAUUUGUUCAUUUUCUAGUGAUUAAAAUUUUUCAAAGUUACUCCCGUUUUUUUAGUGCUAAGUUUUUUAAUAUUAUUGACUUUAUUACAAUACAAUAUAUUUUUUAAAUUAAAUUUUUCUCCAUAUA